AUGCUGGGUUCCUCGCUCAUUCCCACGCGCUGGCGACGCAACCACGACAUCACCGCCGAUCCGCCCGCUCCUGGCUAUUACAACACCCUCGUCACGCCUCGUUUGCAGYACAUUUCGCUCAAAGCCUGCACACACCCAAUCCGCACCAUCUGCUUGGUGGCUGUGCUGGGAUCCGUCUUCUACGUCAAUCUUCUCGAGACGGGCUUCUUCGUGCCCAAUGCUGCGAGGGAUGGCGCGAACAGAGUCGAUUUCGCCGCAUUGUCUGCAGGAAGCCGCAAGCUACAUCUUGGUCCAGAGACGGCGUGGAAAUGGCAGGUGGAGGAGAAUGGCGGGAAACAGCAAGGUGCAGAGGAUAUUACUUUGAUCACACUAGAUUUCUUGGAAUCUGGAAACAACUCGCCCAACGUUGCACCGCAGAAGUUGGUCUUGCCAAAGGGUAGUGCGGCCGAGCUUGUGCCCUCGAGUGCCAACAUUCUCUCCCCAAUCUCCAGCGACACCACCCUGGCCUUCUCCGUUCCAUUCGCCGAGACCGCGCAGUUUUUGGAGAGCGUCAAGGAAAUUCCMGACACUGCGGAGAUAGCCACACCUGAAGAUGUCGACGACACACCGGAGAGGAAGCUUUGGCUGAUGAAGUCGGCCAAGCAGCCCAAUGCCUCUCAGGGUUGGUUGGAAUGGGCGCAGAACUCAUGGUCAGCCUUUCUCGAUCUGAUCAGGAACGCCGAGACUCUCGAUAUUAUCAUCAUGUCUUUGGGAUAUCUGUCCAUGUACUUGACCUUCAUCUCGCUCUUCCUCAGCAUGCGACGCAUGGGCUCCAACUUCUGGCUGGGAACUACCACCCUCUUCUCCUCGGCAUUUGCUUUCCUUUUCGGUCUGUUGGUCACAAUGAAGUUGGGCGUGCCCGAGAAUGUGGUCCUCCUUUCCGAAGGGGUGCCAUUUAUGGUCGUGGCUGUAGGCUUCGAGAAGCCAAUCAUGCUCACUCAGGCUGUCCUGUCCGCCGCCGUGCAAGCCAAGAACGGCAAUUCUAUUCAAACUGCCGUUCAAACUGCUGWACGCGAGCGUGGUUUCGAGAUUGUCCGCGACUAUGCCAUUGAGAUUGCCAUCCUUUGCGCUGGUGCUGCGUCUGGAAUCCAAGGUGGUUUGAGGCAGUUCUGCUUCCUUGCAGCUUGGACACUCUUCUUUGACUGCAUUCUUCUCUUCACCUUUUACACAUCAAUUCUCACCAUCAAGCUGGAAGUCAACCGCAUCAAACGUCAUGUCUCCCUGCGCAAAGCGCUGGAAGAAGAUGGCGUGAGCCGUCGUGUGGCCGAGACUGUUGCAUCAAGCAACGACUGGCCGAAUGGCGAGAGCGUUACUCAGAGUGGGGAGAACAGCAUCUUCGGAAAGAAGGCGAGAAGCAGCAGCGUUCCUCGCUUCAAGGUUUUGAUGGUGACUGGGUUCAUCAUGAUCAAUGUGCUCAAUCUUUGCUCCAUGCCAUUCCGUGGGACAAGGAACAACUCACCUGUAACAACCGCCGGCCUCAGCAGUGUUGUGACGCAGCCUCCCAUGGACCCCUUCAAGGUGGCCGGGAAUGGCCUGGAUUACCUGUUCGCUCAGGCGAAGAGCAACAACCAGCCAUUGACUGUGACUGUCUUCAACCCGAUCAAGUACGAGCUGCAGUACCCUUCAGUACACUACUCUCCUCCUCAGCAGACGGAAUGGUCACUUUUCGAAGGCGACUACCAGAGCGGCCUCUUCUCAUCCUUUCUGGGCGGGAGGAUGGUGGAGAGCUUAUUGAAGAGCUUUGAUGAUCCAGCGCUCGGCAAAUGGGUCGUCAUCGCACUUGCGCUCAGUCUGGUUCUCAACGGCUAUCUGUUCAAUGCCGCGAGAUGGAGCAUCAAGGAAUCCGAAGAAGACAGCAAGACAAACGGUCACGCCAUUCCCCCGGUUGUCGCGGUGGAGCCCGAGAAGCCUCUGCCAAUGCCUGAUCUCGAGCCAGCUGCCCUUGACGGAUCUCGGGUCCGCACUGUCGAAGAGGUCUCCGCUCUCCUCGCGGCGAAGAAGGCUCCUCUCCUCAACGACACCGAGCUCAUCGACUUGGCACUCCGUGGUAAGAUCCCGGGGUACGCAUUGGAGAAGACGCUCGAAGACAAGACUCGCGCGGUCAAGAUUCGCCGCGCAGUCAUCUCCCGCACUCCUGGUACGAGGGAGCUUACCGGGAAGCUGGAGAACUCAAAGCUUCCUUAUGAACACUUCGAUUACGAUCGUGUGCACGGCGCUUGCUGUGAGAACGUGGUCGGCUACCUUCCACUUCCACUCGGUGUCGCUGGCCCUCUCACUAUUGACGGUAAAAGCUAUUUUCUCCCCAUGGCCACCACAGAAGGUGUCCUUGUUGCCAGCACAUCUCGGGGUUGCAAAGCUAUUAAUUCUGGCGGUGGAGCUAUCACAGUUCUCACAGCAGAUGGCAUGACCCGAGGACCUUGCAUUGGAUUUGAGACACUCGCUCGAGCAGCCGCAGCCAAACUAUGGAUCGACUCCGAUGAAGGAUCAGGCAUGUUGAGGAAAGCAUUCAACUCGACCUCGAGAUUUGCAAGAUUGCAGACGCUCAAGGCUAGCAUUGCAGGCACAUAUGUGUAUGUGCGAUUCAAGACGACUACUGGAGAUGCCAUGGGAAUGAACAUGAUCAGCAAGGGAGUCGAGGAGGCCUUGAGAGUCAUGCGCGCUGAAGGUGGAUUCUCCGACAUGGCCAUCAUCUCCGUCAGCGGCAACUUCUGCACAGACAAGAAGUCCGCAGCGAUCAACUGGAYUGAUGGCCGAGGUAAGUCCGUUGUCGCAGAAGCUAUUAUUCCAGGAGAUGUAGUCCGCAGCGUAUUGAAGAGCGACGUCGAUGCGCUUGUGGAGUUGAACAUCUCCAAGAACCUCAUUGGCUCCGCCAUGGCUGGCAGCAUCGGUGGUUUCAAUGCUCACGCCGCCAACAUUGUCGCAGCAAUCUACCUCGCAACCGGCCAAGAUCCCGCACAAGUCGUCGAAUCAAGCAGUUGUAUCACCGUCAUGAAGAACUUGAACGGUAAUCUUCAAAUCACCGUCAGCAUGCCUUGCAUCGAAGUGGGUACGAUUGGUGGUGGAACGGUUCUAGAACCUCAAGCCGCCAUGCUGGAUCUACUGGGCGUGAGAGGACCGCAUCCGACUACGCCCGGAGCGAAUUCGCAGCAGUUGGCGAAGAUUAUCGCGGCGGGUGUCCUCGCGGGAGAGCUGAGUCUGUGUUCUGCGCUGGCGGCGGGACAUUUGGUUAAGGCGCAUAUGAGCCAUAAUCGCAGCGCGGCGCCUAGCGUUGUGGCUAGUCGGGCUGGGAGCCCGGUUAGGCAUAAAGGGUUGGAGAUGACGAAAAGGUAG